CUCUUCUUUCUCUCUUUUCCUAUUUCACAUUUCUCACUGAGCCAUACACUGGCUCACCUCCAUUUUUAUACCUUUAUUACUAUUAUAAUAUAAUUCUCUCUCUCUCUCUCGCUCUCUCUCUCUUCUUCGACUUGCAUAGUUAAGACGCUUUCUCUCUCUCUCUCUCUCUCUCUCUCUCUCUCUCUCUGUACUUGACAACUGCUAAUCAGAUCAUCAGUUUUUUACAGGAUUUUCCCUCACUUUCUCGCUACCUAAACAAUACAUUUUGCUUCUCCAAGAUCCUCGGAAGUUGAAUUGGGUCUUGAUUAUUGGGUCGGUGUUCAGUUCAGGAACUGUUUGUUAGCUCUGGUGCUGUCUCAAUUUGCUGCAAUUGAACUAGUGUGAUUGGAGGAAUUGGAGCUGGAAGCCAGAGGUAUUGAUGGUCGAGUUGGGGUUUCAGGGAGUUUUAUGGGUGGUUCAGAGCGUGGAUUUGUUAGGGGUUGAGAGUUUAUUGAAUUGGUGUUUGUGAAUGGAAGGGUUUUGCUUUCUUGAUAAUGGUGAGUAGAUUGUUUUGGUCGUGAUGUCGCGGACUGAUAGAAUGGCCUCGGAUCUUGGUAGGACUGGCCCUGUUGAAAGGGACAUCGAGCAGGCCAUCACCGCUCUAAAGAAGGGGGCUUACUUGCUCAAGUAUGGGAGGAGGGGAAAGCCCAAGUUUUGCCCUUUCCGUCUUUCCAAUGAUGAGUCAGUUUUGAUAUGGUUCUCUGGCAAAGAGGAGAAACAUCUUAGACUAAGCCAUGUAUCUAGAAUCAUAUCUGGGCAACGCACACCGAUCUUUCAAAGGUAUCCCCGACCUGAGAAGGAGUACCAGUCUUUUUCUCUUAUAUAUAAUGACAGGUCACUGGAUUUGAUCUGCAAAGAUAAAGAUGAAGCUGAGGUAUGGUUUAGUGGUUUAAAAUCAUUAAUUUCUCGUAGUCAUCAUCGAAAAUGGAGAACAGAAUCAAGGAGUGAUGGAAUUCCAUCUGAAGCAAACAGUCCUAGGACAUAUACUCGUAGAAGUUCUCCUUUGAAUUCUCCAUUUGGUAGUAAUGACAGUUUGCAGAAGGAUGAUCACCUUCGUCUUCAUAGUCCAUAUGAAAGCCCCCCUAAAAAUGGUCUGGAUAAGGCAUUUUCGGAUGUGAUAUUAUAUGCUGUUCCUCCCAAGGGAUUUUUUCCCUCAGAUUCUGCUAGUGGUUCAGUACAUUCUUUGUCAUCUGGUGGCUCGGAUAGUGUACAUGGUCAUAUGAAAGCAAUGGCAAUGGAUGCCUUCAGAGUUAGCCUAUCUAGUGCUGUUAGCUCAUCAAGCCAAGGUUCUGGUCAUGAUGAUGGUGAUGCCCUUGGAGAUGUAUUCAUUUGGGGAGAAGGGACAGGAGAUGGUGUCCUAGGAGGUGGAACUCAUAAGGUUGGAAGCGGUUUUGCUGCAAAAAUGGAUUCUUUAUUGCCUAAAGCCUUAGAAUCUACUGUAGUACUUGAUGUCCAGUAUAUUGCCUGUGGUGGAAGACAUGCAGCCUUAGUUACCAAGCAAGGGGAGAUUUUUUCUUGGGGAGAGGAGUCAGGAGGCAGGCUUGGGCAUGGUGUAGACUCUGAUGUUUUGCAUCCGAAGCUUGUCGAAGCCCUCAGUAAUAUAAACAUUGAGCUUGUGGCAUGUGGAGAGUACCAUACCUGUGCUGUAACACUUUCUGGUGAUUUGUAUACCUGGGGUGAUGGAACUUACAAUUUUGGUCUUCUUGGACAUGGAAAUGAAGUCAGCCAUUGGGUUCCAAAGCGAGUGAAUGGGCCCUUGGAAGGCGUACAUGUCUCAUAUAUCUCAUGUGGACCCUGGCAUACAGCAGUUGUAACCUCUGCUGGGCAAUUGUUUACUUUUGGUGAUGGCACAUUUGGAGUUUUGGGUCAUGGAGAUCGGGAAAGCGUUUCAAUACCAAGGGAAGUGGAAUCCCUUAAAGGACUCCGCACUGUGCGAGCAGCCUGUGGUGUUUGGCAUACUGCUGCAGUUGUAGAAGUCAUGGUUGGAAAUUCAAGUUCCAGCAAUUGUUCUUCAGGGAAGCUGUUCACGUGGGGAGAUGGAGAUAAAGGUCGGCUUGGGCAUGGUGACAAGGAAGCAAAACUGGUUCCUACAUGUGUUGCUGCUCUUGUUGAACCUAACUUUUGCCAAGUUGCAUGUGGACAUAGUCAGACAGUUGCACUUACAACAUCAGGCCAUGUCUACACAAUGGGCAGCCCUGUUUAUGGUCAGCUUGGUAAUCCCCAUGCUGACGGAAAGCUCCCCACCCGUGUUGAAGGAAAGCUUUCGAAGAGUUUUGUUGAGGAGAUUGCUUGUGGUGCUUAUCAUGUUGCAGUUUUAACUUCAAAAACUGAAGUUUACACCUGGGGAAAGGGAGCAAAUGGACGAUUAGGCCAUGGGGAUAAUGAUGAUAGAAAUUUUCCAUCACUGGUAGAAGCCUUGAAAGACAAACAAGUAAAAAGUAUUGCUUGUGGCACUAAUUUUACUGCAGCUAUCUGCCUUCAUAAGUGGGUUUCUGGUGUUGAUCAGUCCAUGUGUUCUGGGUGCCACCUUCCAUUUAAUUUCAAAAGAAAACGACAUAAUUGUUAUAAUUGUGGUCUAGUUUUUUGUCAUUCAUGCAGCAGCAAAAAGUCACUUAAGGCUUCCAUGGCACCAAAUCCCAAUAAACCUUAUCGUGUCUGUGAUAAUUGCUUUAAUAAACUGAGGAAAGCCAUUGAAGCUGAUGCUUCAUCCCAGUCUUCUGCAAGUAGGAGAGGCAGUGUAAAUCUUGGGUCUAAUGACUUUAUUGAUAAAGAUGAGAAGUUGGACUCUAGAUCUCGAGGACAACUUGCUAGAUUUUCAUCAAUGGAGUCCUGGAAGCAAGCAGAAAGCCGAUCUAAGAGAAACAAGAAACUGGAAUUCAAUAGUAGCCGUGUUUCACCCGUUCCUAAUGGAGGCUCCCAUUGGGGAGCACUUAACAUUUCUAAAUCUUUUAAUCCAAUGUUUGGUUCAUCCAAAAAAUUUUUCUCAGCUUCUGUUCCUGGAUCACGUAUUGUUUCUCGAGCAACAUCUCCUAUAUCAAGAAGACCUAGCCCACCUCGCUCAACAACACCAACCCCAACCCUAGGUGGACUAACCUCGCCAAAAAUUGUUGUAGAUGAUGCUAAAAGAACAAAUGAGAGUCUCAGCCAAGAGGUUAUUAAAUUGAGAGCUCAGGUAGAAAAUCUUACUCGUAAAGCCCAGCUUCAGGAAGUUGAGCUGGAAAGGACAACUAAACAGCUGAAGGAAGCAAUAGCAAUUGCAGGAGAAGAGACCGCUAAAUGCAAAGCAGCUAAGGAAGUUAUCAAAUCACUGACUGCCCAAUUAAAAGACAUGGCUGAAAGGCUACCAGUAGGAGCAGCGCGAAACGUGAAAUCACCCUCCUUUACUUCACUUGCCUCGACUCCUUCCAAUGAUGUUCCUAAUGUUUCUCUUGAUCGUCUGAAUGGUCAAAUGGCAUCUGAAGGACCAGACACAAAUGGAUUAUACAGCCAGGUGCUGUCUAAUGGCUCUAGUGCCACCAGCAUCCGUAAUUCAGGUUACAACAAACAAGGCCAUUUGGAAGCAACAGCUAGAAAUGGAAGCAGAACGAAAGAUGGUGAAUCACAUCAUGAAACUGAAUGGGUUGAGCAAGAUGAGCCGGGAGUAUACAUAACACUUACCUCCCUGCCAGGAGGUGUCAAGGAUCUUAAGCGAGUACGCUUCAGUCGAAAGCGGUUCAGUGAGAAGCAAGCAGAACAGUGGUGGGCAGAGAAUAGAGCAAGAGUAUAUGAACAGUACAACGUCCGCAUGAUUGACAAGUCAAGUGUUGGUGUUGGAAGUGAUGAUUUGGCUCACUAGCAUACGGAAUUUUUUUUUUUUUUUUUAAAUCCAUGUAGAUGAAAAGUUCUUUUUCAUUUUUCAGCUCCUCAUGCUGGGAGGCAAUAUUCACCUACUGGGUUUGGCUUACCAAUUGAAAUUGGCUUCCACGUUUCAAUGAUUAGAAGCAAAUACAGCUAUAAGAGGAGAACGAAACAGAGGGGUUUGAUUGUAUUUUCAUAUAUAUAGUUUUUUUUUUUUUUUUCUCUUUGAUUUUUCAUGGUUUUCAUUUUUUUCCCUAUAUGUACGCUGUGUGGGGGUUGAGGGUGAAAAAUGUAAAUUCCUAGUAGGUUGCUGGCUCUUGUUGAAAAAGCAGCUGCCAUGUAAAUUCAUAAAGUGAAUGCAUUACAGAUUUUUCCA